GAUGCCCAAAUCCCCACCGUGCGUAUUGCCAUGGUCCUCCCUGUGGCUGGCAUCUUUGGCUACUUUGGUGGUGCAGUCGGUGCUCUCUUCCUCCUACUCUUCUUCUUCCUCCUCUUACCAGAGACCUGCAGCCAGUGGGAAGCGACCGGGCUUCAUGGAGAGGACGCUGGUUCUCCUGGAUGUCAACACCCGCAGUCCGAUCAAAGUCCUCAACGACAAUUUCCUUUCUUUGCAGCUGGAUCCCUCGAUCAUCAAGGACGGCUGGCUGGACUUUCUGAGCUCCAAACGGCUCGUGACCCUGGCGCGCGGCCUAUCGCCAGCCUUUCUGCGUUUUGGCGGAAAGCGGACCGACUUCCUGCACUUCAACAACCAGAAGAACCUUGCAAAGUUCAGGGGUCCAGGACCAGACUACUAUCUGAAGAACUACGAAGACGAUAUAGUGCGCAGUGACAUUGCAUUGGACAAACAGAAGGGCUGCAAAGUGGCCAGCCAUCCUGACAUAAUGCUGGAACUGCAGAGGGAGAAGGCUGCCACCACACAGCUUGUCCUGUUGAAAGAGCAGCUGUCUAACAUCUACAGCAAUAUUACAAUAACAGCCAGGUCUUUAGACAAACUGUACAACUUUGCCGACUGUGCUGGUCUGCAUCUGAUCCUGGGGCUGAACGCGCUGCAUAGAAACCCAGACAACUCCUGGAACACCUCCUCCACGCUGAGCCUCCUGAAGUACGGCGCUGGCAAGAAGUACAACAUUUCCUGGGAGCUGGGCAAUGAGCCUAAUGCCUACCGCAGCAUGGUGGGUCGCGCGGUCAACAGCACCCAGUUAGCUCAGGACUACACCAAGCUGCGGACCCUGCUCCAGUCUGUACGCUAUUACCACCGAGCUCAGCUCUACGGCCCCAAUGCAGGACGACCCCGAAAGAACGCCAUCCUGCUGCUGGAUGGGUUCAUGAAGAAUGCUGGCUCUGUUGUAGAUGCAGUUACGUGGCAACAUUAUUACAUGGAUGGCAGAGUGAACAAAGUGGAGGACUUCCUAAAAACUCGUCUGUUGGACACACUGACAGAACAGAUCGCUAAAGUCACUGAGGUUGUGAAGACACAUACUCCUGGUAAGAAGGUGUGGCUGGGUGGACUGGGGCCGGCAUGGGCAGGAGGCAUCAGCAAUCUCUCUGACACAUACGCUGCUGGCUUUCUGUGGGUGAACACGCUGGGUAUGGCUGCUUUGCAAGGGAUUGAUGUUGUCUUGCGUCACUCAUUCUUUGACUACGGAUACACACACCUUGUGGACCAGCACUUUAACCCUUUACCUGAUUACUGGUUCUCUCUGGUCUUCAAGCGUCUCGUCGGUCCAAGGGUUUUAGCUGUGCGGGUGGCUGGACUGCAGAGGAAGCCACAACCAGGACGAGUCAUACGAGACAAGCUACGCAUCUACGCCCACUGUACCAGCUACUACAAUCAUAACUAUGUGAGGGGGUCCAUAACAAUCUACAUCAUCAACCUGCAUCGGUCACGAAAGAAAAUCAAGUUGGCAGGGACGUUACGGAACAACACUGUCCAUCAGUACCUACUGCAACCCUACGGCACUGACGGACUCAGAGCCAAAGUAUCCCGUUCCAUUUCUUCAUGCAGAUCAAACAAGACGAAUUCACUGACAUGUCCAGCUGAACGGACAGAAGCUGCUUAUGGUGGACAAUGAGACAUUCCCGGAGUUGAAGCCUAAGACAUUGAGGGCUGGACGGACUAUAGCCAUGCCUCCCAUGACCAUAGGCUUUUAUGUCAUCAAAAACAUUAACGCAUAUGCCUGCCGAAGAUAACAUUGACCCUUCAUCCCUGAGAUACCGGUGUGAUGCACAAAAGGCCGUCAAACCACCAACCCUCCUCCAGUUUCACCCAAAGCUUUAAAAAAAAAAGUGUGGCUCUUCAUUUUUUUCACCUUUCUGGAAAACACAAGGAGGUCAGACAACCACGUUGUUAGGAUUUUUGCUCAUGGACACUUAAGGACACUUGAUUUGAACACAAAACGAUCAUGUAGUUUAACAACAGCCUCUUUGAAACCGUUAUUUCAAUGGAAAUAUUUAAACCUCUCUACCAAAUUAUGCCUUUUCCUUGUUCUCUUCUCCGGUCCAACAAAGACUUGCCCAACACGCAUAAAAAGGGCUGCACUGAACACUUUUAAUUUCCUUUCACCAUCAAUUCCUCAUAUGCUACAAGACUUGUAUGGACAGUGAUUAUUUUAUGCCUUUUUAUGAAGUUUUGUAGUUACAAAAAGUCCAUUCUUUGACUUUUAGUUAAGCUAUAUUUUCUUCUUUUGGGAUGUCAAACCAAGGGUUUGCUAUCUGUGCAUCUGCCAAGAGAGGCUUUUUUUCCGAAUCCUUCACUGUCAGGCAGACAAAAAGGUAUGAGAGACAACUCUCAACAGGUAGCAUUUCUGAAGCAUACACAAGUCAAUCUCAGUUUGACUUGAUCCUUUCCACAAAGAGAAAAUGCUAGGAUGUGUGUGUGUGCGCGUGUGCGUGUGCGUGUGCGUGUGUGUGUGUGUGUGUGUGUAAGCUCAUGCCUGGACUAACCAAGUGCUCUGUGUGUAUGUGUGUGUUUUAUUGAUAAAGCUACUGAUGUGUCUGUCCAGUCUGUUUGAUGUGCCUUUGAUGAAAGAUGCAUUUCUUCCCGUGCCAUAUCAAGUGGAUUAAAGGGAAAAUCUGUUUCUUCUAAAGGCUGUUAUUUUAGGGGUGUGACGAUACAGUUAGCUCACGAGACGAGACAAUACAUGAUAUUGGGUUCACAAGAACGAGAUGAGAUGAGACGUUUGAAUACUAUUUAUAGGAAAUCUUCGAUGACGAACGAUAUGACUGGAAAAAUUGUUUUUUAUUUGACGAAAAGUCACAAAAUGCAGAAGUGCAGAUGCAUUUUGAAAUGUUGCUUACAUAUUGUUGGUGCCUUGUCUGUCACUCUGUGGCUGUUUAUUGUUUCCACCGGGUACCCAAAAUGCUGCCAAACAAACGAUUUAAAAGUGGCGGGGGCAUCUUCUAUGCUAAUGUCACCUUCACACACCGUCAUGCUGAUAUCAUGAGACAGCUUUUCACCUCGACAAGAAAUAUCAUCACGUUUUAAUAUUGCAAGGUUUCGUCACACCCCUACUGUUUUUGUAUGUUUUGUGUAUCAUUACUUUUCUGCUGCAGGUUUUAAUCUGUUUAACUGCAGAGUACGAUAGCCAGGAUGUCUUGUUGGUACUGUUUGGCAAUGCACAUCGAAUGAACAAUGUGAACCCAUCCAUAACAUUUGUCCUCACAUUGCCUGCAGCCACAAAAUCUGGGUUUUGCUUUAGAUUCAAAACUUAUAAAAUACCAGUUCAGUUCAGGUGUAUUUGAACCUAUCUCACUAUCUUCAGUGUGAUCUCACGUUUUAUAAUCUUUUGCUGCUAGGGUUUUUUUGUACUAAAUUUACAUUAUAUAUUUUACAGAAUUUUGUACAAAUUUACUGUCAUGUUAUUAGAUGAUGUAUUGUACAUAAAACAAGAGUGAUGAAAAUAAGUGAUUUAAGCUUGGUAAGUUUACUUACACACCUAAUUUAUAUAAUUAAAUACUUUGCUUUGUUUUUACAUUUCUAUUAUAAAAGACUCAGUUAUUUUAGUGACACUAAUGCCCAACUCUAAAGAAAAAUCUAAAAUAAUUUUAAGAAUGUAUUCAUUGACUAACAGGUUGAAGGAGUGACUGUGUUAAAAUGCAAACGUCAGUGUGACAAUUUGCAAGAAAAGGGCUUUCCUUAAGAUGGUUUAUGGUUCAUAACCCAUGUUUCACAUCUGCAUUUAUUUUUGUUUUAUUUCAUAAUAUUUUAAGGAUCUUAUUUAAAGAGGGGCUCGUUAUUCUCUAGACUAAAACCAACAGAUUGAGUCAAAAAUGUUGUUCAUGUACUCUGAAUUGACAUGAAUAAGAACAAAGAUAGCAUUUCUAGACUCUUAGAUGGUGGAAACAGGAGCAGGUUCAGUGUCUGAAUUUAUUAAAUAUAAAGAUAUAAUUUGUCCUCUGAAUGUGUUCAUAGUUAAUGUAGAGGUGUUUAUAUUUCUUUUGGAGAGCAUUAUUUUAAUAUGUGAAGUGUGCCUAUAUAUUAUUUUUUGUAAAGAAAUGUUUACAUUGAUAAUAAACACUUACAAAUA